AUAUAAGUGUAGAGUAUGAAAAGUGAACCUUUUCUCUUCAGCCCACAACCCAAUAGGCCUAGGCUCAACAGCUCUUACACAAACAUAAACCCUUCCUCCACAGAGACUCGCUGACCAACAAGAGGAAACACAAAGAAACAGAGAGAGAACAGAGGCAGAGGGGCAAGCGAAGAUGAUUAUACCAGUUCGUUGUUUUACUUGCGGGAAGGUGAUUGGUAACAAAUGGGAUACAUAUCUGGAUCUCCUUCAAGCUGAUUACUCAGAAGGAGAUGCUCUUGAUGCAUUGGGGUUGGUCCGCUAUUGCUGUAGGCGAAUGCUUAUGACUCAUGUUGACCUCAUUGAGAAGCUUUUGAACUACAAUACUCUGGAGAGAAGUGAGGGCAGUUGAAGGAGGCCAUGGAGGUUACAAGUGUUCUCAAACUAGCUAUCAAAGAUGUGUGGUGACUAUUGUGGAAAUGUGUACAAUGGAGAAGACAUUUGGGAAUGUUUAAAUAUUAUGUGAAUGUUAAUCAUUGUCGUUUUUCUGCCGUUUGAAAACCUAUACAUUAACCUGGUGUCGGUGUUGUGAGGAACUGUUGAAAUCAUAUUGUCUGCUUCUUGUCCGACACUGUAGGAAAUCUUCUUUAAAAUAGUGAUGUUCACUAUUCUAAUGAUCAGGAUGGUCCUGCCACAGCCUUGCUUCUAGGAUCUAUGGAAAUGCAUGAAAUUAUCAUGCCCCAUUAAAUUU